AGAUUAUAAUUCAACUCAAUAAAUAGAGGGUAUAUCAACAACACCAUAAAGUGAUUGAGAUUUAUAAUAAUCAAAUAGAACUAAAUAAUAAAAAAAACUUCCACAUAGUCCUGAAGGAUAUUCAUUAAAAUAUAAGACUUAAAAAGUUUAUUAAAUUAGGAAGAACCUUUAUGGAAAGUUUAUGAUUUUUUAUUACCAAAAUGAAGAGUAGCUAAAUUAGUAAAAAUAUAAGAUGUUGAUGCUAAAAUCUUUCCAUUUAAGAUAUAUUAUUUCAAUUACAGCUUAAUUAAAUUUAUCCUGUUGUAAAUUUAAUUGGAGCCAAAGAAACUAAUAAAGGUAAAUUCUACGCAGGAAUUGGAUGUGCUUGUUUUGGUACUGCAUUUAAUUAAUUUUAUUUAAUUUUAGGUUAUUUUAGCGAUAUAGGAAGGAUUUUUAAAUGAAUAAUGGUUGUUAUGGUUAAUCAUCAUAUUAUAGUAAUAAAGGGGUAUGUGAUUAUUUCUUUUUAAAAUUAUUAUAACCCUCUUGAAUCAUGAAAGUCAGAGUUAUUUUAAUAUAUUAAAAAAAGGUAUUAAUUAAAUAACCAAACACAAAAUCAUAUCACAUCAUAAAUCUAAAUUUGUUUAAAAUUCAAAUGUUAGAGUAAGAAAAUAAAUAAGAGAAAGAAAUUUAUAAUAAAAUUUGUUUCGUUUAAUUAAUACAGAGAGCUCUAUAAUAAAUCAAAAGUAGUCAAUGAAUAACUUUGGGAAAAAUUAAGAAAAGUGUGCUACUCUUGCUUAAUUUAAAGAAGAUUACACUAUAAUAGAGGUUUAUUGGGAAAAGUAACUUUGCAAAAGUGUCUUAGACUAUAAAUAAAUUAACAAAGAAAUUUUGUGCAAUAAAAAGUAUUCAAAACUAAAAAUUCAGAAACGGACUUAAUUGCUUUAGUUAAAGUAAUGACUAUAAUGAGAAAGAUAAAUUACAAAAAUCUUAUUUAAAUACAUGAAGUUUAUGAAGGAAAAUACUUCAGGAUUCAGACAUAAUAGUCAAAUUAACUUUUGAAAAGGUUGAAGACUAUAAAUUUAAUGAGUUGGUUUUUGAUUUAAAGUAAAGAUACAAUGAAGUCGUAAUAGAUAAUGAUUAAUAAUUUCCAAUAGUACCAUUUAAAGAGAAAAAGUUUAGCAAGUGAUGUCAUAAAGAUAUUUAAAAAAUCUUUAAAAAAUAGAAAAUGCUUUGGGAUUAGAAUAUAAAAUACAAUAAUUGAGAGACAUUGAU